UACCGGUACUCGAUUGGAAUCGAUUUUCCACAUCCCUAUGAUCAUAAACCACCGGCAAAUAAAGCCGAGCUAUCCAUUUUUAACUUGGAACACAUAUGUACGUACAUUUGUUACGCAUAACCAAAUGAAAAAAUAACUAGCAAACAUAUUUUUGUUAACUUAAAAAAUAUGACUAUAAUACAACUAAGCGAUACAAAAUGCAGCCCAGACAAAUUUUUCCAUUAUUCCGAAGCUUUGAAGGCGUCCGAAAUUCCCCUUGUGAUUGAUAAUGGAUCAUAUCGAUGUCGUGUUGGUUGGAACAAUUCAAAUGAGCCGUUAAUGUGUUUUAGAAAUUUAAUUGCGAAACCAAGGAAGGACCGUGGAAAAAAAGACUCAAUAGAACCUUUUAUAGAACCUCCCAUACAAAUAGGAAACGAUAUAGUUAAUAUUGAGGCAAUGAGAUUUCAAUUAAAAUCACAAUUUGAUAAAAAUGUCGUUACCCAUUACUAUAACCAAGAACAAAUAUUUGAUUACAUAUUCACUCAUUUGAGUAUAGAUACAGAUAGUGCUGUGUUACAUCCAAUAGUUAUGACGGAGUGCAUUGGAAAUCCUAAUCAUUGUCGCAAUUUGAUGUCGGAACUUUUAUUUGAAUGCUAUGAUGUGCCUUCGGUUUGCUAUGGUAUUGACGCUCUUUACAGUUUUGCACACAAUAACAUUGGAUCACAUGGCUUAGUAAUUUCUUGCGGCUAUCAUACUACGCAUGUUAUUCCAGUUUUAAAUAAGAGGAUGAUAGGAUCCAAAGCAAGGCGUCUCAAUUUAGGGGGUUUUCACAUGAUAUCAUUUUUGCAUAAAAUUCUUCAAUUAAAAUACCCGGUUCACGUUAACGCCAUUAGUAUUAGUAGAAUAGAAGAUUUGCUACAUAAAUAUUGUUCGGUAGUGAGUGAUUACACAGAAAGUUUAAAAAACUGGUCGAACUUGGAUUAUUAUGAAGAGAAUGUUAAAAAAAUCCAGUUGCCGUUUAUUCAACAAACAAUCUCAACAGCCUUAACAAUGGAACAAAAGUUAGAAAAAAAAAAAGAAAUGUCUAGAAGGUUAGUAGAAAUAGCUGCUAGAAAGAGGGAAGAAAGGUUAGCAGAAGACGAGGAUCACUACCAGAAAAUGUUAAAUAUAAAAGCGCUUUACGAUGAUGGGCAUGAAAGAGAGUUUGAAAUAGAGUUAAAUAACAACGACAUCGCCAAUUUAGAAGAAUUAAUCAAAAUGAUCAAUAAUGUCAAAGCAAAAAUUGAACGAACUCGUCACCGUAUGAUGUUGCCAAUAGAAGCUCCAAGUGGAGAAAAACCUGUACCGACUCUUCCACCAGAUGUCAAUGUUGAAGAAUGGAUUAGCAAUAUAAAAAAUAAGCGAUCACAAAUACUGGAACAUAAACAAGCUAGAAAGCAAAGACGUCAAGAUUUAGCUAAAAGGAGAACAGCAGCUGCUCAAGAGCGCAUGCGAAUUAUAUCACAAUUAGCUCGAAAAGAAAAGGGUUCUGAUGAUUUCGGCAUGAGAGAUGAGGAUUGGGACGUUUACAAAACAAUUAGUCGCGAAAACGGAGAUAGUGAUAGUGAAGUUGAAAAUGAAAAACUGAUUGAGUAUGAAGAUAUAUUAAGACAUUGGGAUCCAACAUUUGAGGAACCAAUAAUUGUUACAGCUGGAACUGCUGAAUUUCACCAGCUGCACGUGGGUGUAGAGGCUAUUCGAGCCCCCGAGUUGCUUUUUCAACCAAGCAUGAUUGGAAGUGGAGAAGCAGGUUUGGCAGAAGUGAUGGACUAUAUAUUCAAACUUUUCAACGCAGAUGACCAGCAAUUACUAGCAGACAACGUUUUCUUGACAGGAGGUUGUUCUCAAUUUCCUGGUCUUAAAGAACGUUUAUCAAAGGAAUUAAGAGCGAUGCGACCUUUCAAAACCUCACAUUUAGUUUGUCUUGCGCAGUCACCUAUACUAGAUGCAUGGCAUGGAUCCGCGAGUUUUUCGCGCUCUGACAACUUCAACAGCUAUUCAAUUUCGAGGAGCGAAUACACUGAAAAAGGUGGUGAAUAUAUAAAAGAACAUAAAUGUAGCAAUUACUAUUUUCCUACACCCGCUGCUGUUAUAAUUGAAAACCAAACUCAAGAAAGCUAAAAUAAAUAUUUAAAUGUGGAAAACAAUAUAAAUAAAACUAUUUUAU